GAUCAGUGCGACAACGAUGGGAUUUGCGCUCACGUUGAUUGAAGAUGCGCUCGGAAGCAUUGCUCCGUCGACAACGCCGAAGAAGCGCCCACUGAACAUCCGUCCGUCGAAAAAUGCCCUCUUUCACUUUGACAUGGUCCGUCCGUUCGUGUAUUCGCAGGAAGAGCCUCCACAUGCGUCAUUCCUACGGUAUGACUGGGUUGCUGCGUCAGGGCCGGACAAUAGCGCGGCGACCGCCGUCAAGUCUGUGAGUCCGGAAUGGCUUGUUAGAGUUUGUGAACAACAUGCACUGCUGCAUGACUCUCCGAUCCCAGGGUCAGAAUUGGCAUCGUCGAUUGUAGACUCCCUCAAAAAGAACGACGCAGAAUCGUUGUUGUUCAACCUGUUGGGAUUCGAUGGCAUUGAACUCAUCCAAGAGAUCCUGUCUGCCCGCGCGUCGAUACAAACGUUUACGACACGACAACUCACUCGCGCUGCAGCUGUGACGUCGGCGACUACGCCGCCUCGGUCCCCUUCCAGCAAGUCCAAGAAAGCCUCUUCUGUGAGCAUCUCGAGCGAGUUGGACCAAUAUGUGUCUAAGCACCAGCGAAAGGAAGCUCGUCGCAAUCAGCGCCGUAAUGGCGGUGCCGCAAUGGACGAAAAGCAGAAUUGGCUGGAAGCGGCGGGGUACGACAUGGAUAUUGUGGAGGCCCUUCGAGAAAGCAACAUCGACCGCAAGGCGAAUGCAUCAACGUCGCUGCUAAAGGAACAGUUUGGGGAAAUGGAAUACGAAACGAACACAAUCGCGUCUGGGUUGCCGGCGGGGGCGAUCAAGACAGUCGAGAAGGGUUACGAAAAGGUGUUCAUCCCAGCCAAGGUGCAGACUCCGCUGACCGUGAACGAGCUGGUGCCGAUCUCUCGCAUGGACCCGUUCACGUACAGCGUGUUUGAAGGCAUCACGCACUUCAAUCGACUCCAGUCCAAGUUGUUUGAAGCCGCGUACAACUCGAACCAAAACCUCCUUGUGUGCGCGCCGACAGGGGCGGGGAAAACAAACGUGGCAAUGAUGACGAUUUUACGAGAGGUCAAGUCCAAUUUGAACGCAAUCACGGGGCGCGUCGACUCUAGCACGAUGAAGAUCAUUUACGUUGCGCCCAUGAAAGCGCUGGCCCAGGAAGUUGUAACGCGGUUCUCGAAGCGGCUCAAGUCGCUGCACAUUAACGUGGCCGAGCUCACGGGGGAUAUGCAAAUGACAAAGGCACAAAUAGAAGAAACCCACGUGAUCGUGACGACGCCAGAGAAAUGGGACGUGAUCACGCGCAAGACUCAUGAGCAGGCGCUUCUCACGCAGGUGCAUUGAACUACGCUUUACAACUGGACGUUGUUGGUGUCGUGUCUGUCCAUAGGACUGGGAUUUCUGACAAUCUUGUUUGAGCAGGUGAAAUUGCUCAUCAUUGACGAAGUCCACCUGCUCGCGGACGAACGCGGUCCGGUUAUUGAAACAAUCGUGGCGCGGACGUUGCGCCGCGUGGAGUCGACGCAAACGAUGAUUCGCAUUGUCGGGCUGUCCGCGACGUUGCCAAACUACAAGGACGUUGCAGAGUUUUUGCGCGUGUCGUUUCCGCCGAACGAGGCAAGCGGCGGCGGCUUGUUCCAUUUUGAUGCGUCUUACCGCCCAGUGCCCCUCGAGCAAACGUUUGUCGGCAUCACGGACAAGGGCCGAACAAAGCAGCUCAUGGCGAUGAACCAACUCGCGUACGAAUACGCUGUCGACAACAUCCAACGCGGCCACCAGGUCAUGAUCUUUGUGCAUUCCCGAAAGGAAACUGCUGUCACGAUCCGAGCGAUCUUGGACUUGGCGGCCAAGCACGGCACGAUGGACUUGUUUGCGUCGAACCAAACCCCGGUCAAGGAAUCGAUGGCCGUCACCCUCGACGCGCUCUUAAGGAAAUCUCGCAACACUGACGUCCGGGAGUUUGCCCCGAGCGGCUGCGGCAUCCACCACGCCGGUAUGCUUCGAAGCGACCGCAACUUGACCGAGCAGCUCUUUGAAAACGGACAAAUCAAAGUACUGUGCUGUACGGCCACGUUGGCGUGGGGGGUCAACUUGCCGGCCCACGCGGUGCUGAUCAAAGGAACCCAAAUUUACAACGCUGAAAAGGGUUGCAUGGUCCCGCUCAGCAUGCUCGACGUGAUGCAGAUCUUUGGGCGCGCCGGUCGACCUCAGUACGACACUUCAGGGGAAGCCACGAUUGUGACGACGCACGAUCAGCUCGACCAUUACCUGCGGGCAUUGGCAAACCAGGCCCCGAUCGAAUCUGCGCUGAUCAAAACGUUACCGGACCAUUUGAAUGCAGAAAUCGUGUCUGGCACCGUGGCCAACCUGCCUGAAGCGUUGGCAUGGCUCAGCUACACUUAUUUGUUUGUUCGAAUGAUGAAGAACCCCAUGACGUAUGGAAUGUCGUUUGACGAGCGAGCGAAUGACCCCAUGCUCGUGAACAAGCGGACCGAACUUCUCAAGCAAGCCAUUCAGACUCUCGAAGACGCCCGCAUGAUCAAAUACGACCAAAGGCGAGGCGACUUCGCCGUGACAAAUUUGGGUCGGGUGGCCAGCCAUUACUACAUUACGCAUGGCACGGUGGAAACGUUCAACGAAAUGCUGAAUCAAAACAUGGAGGACGAAGACAUCCUGCACGUGAUAUGCUCGUCUGCGGAAUUUGAACAAGUGCAGGUGCGAGAGGACGAACUAGUCGAGCUCGAACGCGUCAAGAAGAUGUGCAAAUUGUCCAUUAAAGGCGAAAAUGCGUCGUCGGGCAAGGCCAACAUUUUGCUGCAGGCGUAUAUCUCCAAUACCUCGUCGAGAUUGACCAAUUUCACGUUGAUUUCCGACACGAAUUAUGUGGCGCAAAAUGGGUCUCGCGUCACGCGAGCAUUGUUUGACAUUUGUCUCAAGAAAGGGUGGCCCCUUGCAGCCGAAAAGGUGCUCAACAUUGCCAAGGCGAUCGACCACCGCAUGUGGUGGACGCAGUCGCCACUUCGGCGUUUUCUCAACGUCCUGCCGUUCGACGCGGUCGCUCGCCUCGAGGAGCGCUACGAUAUCGACACGCUGUUCACGCUCAGUGCGGACGAGAUUGGCGUCGCCGUGCACAGCCCGCGCGUGGCCGAAAAGAUUGUACAACACAUGCGGUAUUUGCCGUACUUAACUGUGGACGUCCGCGUCCAGCCGCUGACUCAAGGCAUUCUCAAAGUGUCUGUCGAUGUCUCUUGCGACUUCGAGUGGAAUGACUUGUACCACGGAUCUGUCGAAGCGUGGUGGAUGUGGGUGGAGAACGAAAACGCCAUGUACCACGCCGAGCACGUCUUGCUUCACAAAGCUCAGCGCCUCGACGUCAUUCAGUGCACGUUCCACGUCCCCAUGUUCCAAGGCAGCACCCCUGAUUACACUCUCCGCCUUCUCUCGGAUCGUUGGGUCGGCGUCGAUAGCUGCCAUCCGAUUCAAAUUCCUGACGCAACCGACAAGGCCCCCGAUCCAGUGUACUACACGCCGCUGCUUCGUUUGCAUCCGUUACCCGUGUCCGCGUUGAAGCAGCCUGCAUUCGAAGAACUCUAUUCGUCAUUUUCGUUCUUCAACCCGAUCCAAACCCAACUCUUCCACACGAUGUACCACACAGACGGAAAUGUUCUCCUGGGGGCGCCGACGGGGAGCGGCAAGACGAUUGUGGCAGAACUGGCCAUGCUGCGCCUGUGGAACGUCCAGGAGCGUCACAACAUCGUCGUGUACGUGGCGCCACUGAAGGCGCUGGCGCGCGAACGGGUUAAAGAUUGGACCCGCAAGUUUGAGCGCACGAUGGGCAAGAAAGUGGUCGAACUCACGGGGGACACGACAGUCGAAGCGCGGGUGUUGAAGCAAGCCUCGAUCAUUGUCACGACGCCAGAAAAAUGGGAUUUGGUUACACGUACAAUCCAUGCGACAUCGUUCGUCCACAUGGUGCGGCUCGUGCUGCUGGACGAAGUGCAUUUGCUUGGCGAAGAUCGCGGCCCGGUUCUGGAAGCAAUUGUGUCGCGCAUGCGCAUGCUUCGCCAAGCCAUUCGUCUGGUGGGGUUGAGCACGGCGCUGGCAAAUGCACUCGAUGUGGGCAAAUGGUUGGGCAUUGCCGAUCCUGCCCACGGCAUUUUUAACUUCCGCGCGUCUGUGCGUCCCAUCGCUAUGGACGUGCACAUUCAAGGGUUUGCCGGCCGCCACUAUUGUCCUCGCAUGACGGCCAUGAACAAACCCACGUACCACGCGAUUCAAUCGCAUUCCCCUACCAAACCAGUUCUGGUUUUUGUAUCGUCGCGCAGCCAGACCCGGCUGACGGCGAUGGCGCUCAUCUCGUUCGCAGCCCUUGCUGGGACACCCAAGCAAUUUCUGUGGGAAGAUGAAGACAUCAUGGCGACGUGGGUCGACCAGGUGCGCGACCCCGCGCUGCGAGACACCUUGCACUUUGGCAUUGGGUUGCAUCAUGCCGGCUUGGGGUCACGAGAUCGCGAGAUUGUCGAGGAACUGUUUUUGAACAACAAGAUUCAAGUCGUCCUUUGCACGUCGACAUUGGCGUGGGGCGUGAAUUUACCGGCACACUUGGUCGUGGUCAAAGGAACAGAGUUUUAUGACCCCAAGCAUGGCCGGUACACCGACUACCCCAUGAGUGACCUCCUCCAAAUGAUUGGUCGCGCGGGACGGCCCCAGUUCGACACGAGCGGCGUUGCGUGUGUCCUUGUGCAAGACAUAAAGCAAAACUUUAUCAAGCGCUUCAUCUACGAGCCGCUGCCCGUGGAAUCGUCGCUUCACUUGCACUUGGACAACACGCUAAACGCAGAAAUCGCCAAUGGCACGGUCAAGUCGGUGGCCGACGCGGUCAAGUAUUUGUCGUGGACGUUUCUAUUCCAGCGAGUGCAGAAGAACUCAGCCUACUACCAAAUCGAUACGACAGUCGAAGAUUUCUUCAAGAAGCUCGUGUCGUCCAUCUUGCAACGGCUCGUGCAAGCACGAUGCUGCACGCUCGCCAAAGGCGUGGUGCAACCGACGGCGCUGGGGAAAAUCGCAAGUGCGCAGUACCUAGAGUGCAGAUCGGUCCAGCAUUUGCACGAUGCGCUGAACGGCUUGGCCGACGACAAAGUGUCGACGUUCUCGCUGAUUCGCAUUGUUUGCGGGUGCGUUGAGUUUGCCCAGUUGCCAAUUCGACCGCAGGAAGAGCGCUUGAUUGUGUCGCUGGCGCAGCAAUGCCGCUUUCGAGAACGGACGUGGAAGUGGGACACCCACAGCUCACAGCUCAAGUGCCUCCUCCUCGUUCAAAUGCAUUUGGGGCAAGUUCCGCUGCCGUCUAGUGACUUUUGGAACGACCUGCGACUUGUACUGGACCACCUUCCUCGCAUUCUGGGGGCCAUGAUGGACCUCGCCGCGCUCAUCGGUCGUCCGUCGGUCGUGCUCGCCAUCAACCAGCUAAGCCAGGGUGUCUUGUAUGGCUACUGGCCCCACGCGCAAUCGUGGUGGCAAUUGCCGCACGUGACGUCGGACGAACUGGCGUCGUUCCCUGAAGAGUUCGAUGGAUCGAUCGACCAAGUCAAGAGAGCGCUGCCUCGUCGUCUGUCGGACAAGCAGCGCCAGGAGUGCCUGGCUGUGGUGGACAAGAUGCCACAAGUUUCAUGGACAACCACUACAUCCGGGAACAAUCAAGUCCAAGUGCACAUUCAAGUGCACAACUCCAAGCUUCAAUCGAUCAUCACAAAUCGAUGGACAAAGCCUCGGCCGCACUUGCUGUACCUCUUGGUGGUGGGCGACGAUGGCCAGUUGCUGGCAUUGCUGCACUUGCCAUAUCGAAAGACUAUCGAGCGGUCGUUGCCCUCGGGCGUGAAAAACUACACGAUCCAAGUCGUGUCGAACUGCAGCAUGGUGCAUGUAGUCAAGACGGCCAAGUAGAACAUUCGAGGAAGUGCCAUGGAAUAGAACGAUUCCAUAUCAAUGUCUUACGAAGCACCUGCAUCUCCCCCUCUUGCCACCAGGGGCUAAAGACGAACACGAUUACAUGGAAUGUGGCUGCGCCA